AAUGCCGAGGCAAUUCAAGUCAAUAUAGAUAAUCUUAUUUGCAUCUCAUUUAAUAUAGGUACUUUGUUCAACAUACAUUAUCUCAUACCUUUUGUCGGGAGCAUUACACGGCCUUAAGAUAAUCUAACGAUAAUCUAACUUACCGCUUUACCUCUUAUUAUUUCCUGCAUCAUCCCGUCUACGGAUAUAUCUAACCUAAAUAAAUAUCCGCUUCGUCUCUUGCGUAUGAAACAUAUUUUGCCAACUUCCCAGCCCUCCUUUUCAAACACCCACCAUGGCUCCCCAAUCAUUCACAACGCCACCACCCAACGUCAAAGACACCUUAAUAUCCUUUCCGGGCCCACACAUCCUGCUCGUAACGCUUAACCGCCCACAACAACUCAACGCGAUUCCGCGCCCGCAGCACUUCGCCCUCGAGCGCCUAUGGGACUGGUACGAUGCCGAGCCCUCACUACGCUGCGCCGUUAUUACCGGCUCCGGCAGGGCCUUCUGCGCGGGCGCAGACUUGAAGGAAUGGGAUUCUAUCAAUUCUUCGUCCGAGGAUACGGCGGUGUCGGCAGAGGAGCACAGUCUGAAGAACAAGCGCUUCCCGCUCGGUGGGUUUGGCGGCAUGAGUAACCGCGGCGGACUCAAGCCUAUCAUCGGCGCUAUUAAUGGCAUCUGCUUCGGCGGCGGCAUGGAGAUGGCGAUUAACUGCGACUUGAUCAUCGCGGCGGCGUCGGCGAGUUUCAGUCUUCCGGAGGUUACCAUCGGGGUCAUCGCCCUGGCAGGCGCGCUGCCGCGACUUGCGCGCAGCGUAGGCAAGCAGCGGGCUUCGGAGAUGGCGCUCAGCGGGAAGAAGUACGGCGCGAGGGAGAUGCUGGCAUGGGGCCUGGUGAAUGAAGUCGUGGAGGGCGAUGGCAAAGCCGUGCUGGCGAAGGCGCUAGAAUGGGCGCGGCGUAUCGCGGGGAAUAGUCCCGAUGCGGUUAUCGUGUCGCGCGAGGGGUUGAAGUUAGGCUGGGAGGGGUUUGGGCCGGAGCAAGCGACGGAUAUCCUGGUUAAGGGCUGGUAUGGACGUAUAGAGAAGGGGGAUAAUGCGGUUGAGGGCGUGAAGAGCUUCGUCGAGAGGCGGAGGCCGGCGUGGAAGAAUAGUAAGCUGUGAGUGUAAUUGUCGGGUUGCUUUUGUAAGAAUUAGGUAGGAUCUUGGGAUGUUUUGUGUAGCGAUCGUCAGUAUUCCAGAUUUUAAUUUGAAGCCAGGACAGGAUAAUUAUAUUACGUACGAGAGAGUACGGGCUGUCAUGUAAUGGUGCCGUAUUUUUAAGUGUAAAUAAUAUCGUGUCGAUUUAAGUUCUAGGUUCGAUCUAUAAUACGUACAGUAGAC